AUGCGACUACCGGAUAAUAUGUGUAUAUUAGCUGAUUCAGAAAGUCUUCUGCUUGAGCACGAAAAAUAUUACGAAUUAUAUUUAUUGUACGAGAAACGAUCACUGCAUCAAAAAGCUUUGACUCUUCUCAAGGAACAUGCACAUAUGCCGGGUACAGCGUUGAGCGGCACUGAACUAACUGUUCAGUACCUGCAGAAACUUGGUAAUUUGCAUCUCGACACGAUAUUUGCAUUCGCUUCAUGGGUAUUGCAUGAUGACUUGAAUGCCGGACUUUCGGUAAGUUUUGUUCUUGUAAAAUCCGUUUCAGUAUUUUAA